AUGGCUAUGGCACAAAAAAUUCGUACUCAAAAGUUACCUGCAGAGGUAAAUAGAAUUCUCUUUGUAAAGAAUAUGCCUUUUAAAAUUACAGCAGAAGAAAUGUAUACAAUAUUUGGAAAAUAUGGCGCUAUAAGACAAAUUAGAAUAGGAACAACACAAGAAACUAGAGGUACAGCAUUUGUUGUUUAUGAAGAUAUUUUUGAUGCAAAAAAUGCUUAUGAUCAUCUUAAUGGAUAUAAUGUACAUAAUAGAUAUUUAGUUAUAUUAUAUUAUCAAGCUACAAAGGCAUACCGUAAUAUGAAUACAGAUAAAGCUAGACAAAAAUUAGAAGAAAUCAAAGAAAGAUAUGGUUUAUCUGGUGAUCUUGAGAAAGAGAAGGAUCGUCUUUUAAGUACUCCUAGAAGGGCUUAA